AUGGUUGCUCUUAGUAAGCUUGCCUGGGGAGUGGCACAAAAGCAAGACAACUUAUGGGUGAAGUGGGUACAUGGAGUCUACAUUAAAGAUUCAAACUGGGCCAGUUAUACUGCCCCUACCCAUGCCAGCUGGGCAUGGAAGUAUAUCUGUCAAGCAAAAAACAUGAUGACUGAGAAGAUUAAUGGUAGCCAGUGGCUCAUAAAUGGCCAAUUUAGCAUCAAGCAAUAUUACCAGAUAUUACUGAAGGGCAGCAGACAAGUAAACUGGGCUAGAUAUCUCUGGAAUAGGUACUCUAUUCCUAAACACAGACUAAUUAUGUGGUUGGCCAUUCAGAACAGACUCAAAACCAGGCAAAGAUUAAAGCAAAUGAAGAUAUGUAUGGAUGACCAAUGCUUGCUUUGUCAACAACAACCUGAAACUAUCACUCACUUGCUAUUUGAGUGUAAAUUUAGUGAGCUGUGUAUCUCACAGGUGCUGCAAUGGCUUGGAGUUACAUGGAGACCAAGAAACUUGACCCAGCCAUGCAGAUGGACAAUGAACAGAUAUAAAGGAAAUAGGACUAGGAAAAUGGUCUUGCUAGCAGCAAUAGCUGCUACUGUUUAUGUUAUUUGGAGAAACAGGAACUCUGCUCACUGGGAUCAGAUGAUAAUGACUAUUAGCAAAGCAGUGCAGGAAACCAAAAUGAAUGUAAAACUGAGAAUUACUCAGAUUCUUAGUGCUAAGGUUACAGAAAUUGAUAGGAGAUGGAUUGAAGAUUUGUAA